ACCACUCCGAACUUUUGAACCGACGUUAUGCAUCCGCUCUGCUACCUGCUUGGGCUGUUGUCUUUCUUUGUAUUUUAUUCGCUGGCUCAGCAAGGAUCAGCCAGAAUCUUGAUAUAUUCAGCAACAAAGGGGUUCAGGCAUGACUCCAUCCCCACAGCCAUUCAAGCGUUAAAAAUGAAAGGGUCUUCCAUCAAUGUGGUGUUCGACAAUACGGAAGACGAGACCCAAUUCAAUGGUCAGGUAUUGGCUCAAUACGACGCUCUUCUAUUUCUCGAUACCACAGGACAAGUCUUGGAUGACUCAGGAACCGCUGCAUUGCAAAAUUAUUUGAACCUUGGUGGGAAUUUUGUUGGUGUACAUGCUGCGUCAGACUGUCUAAACAGCACUACGUUCUACGGUCAGGAACUGGGAGCCUAUUUUGACUACCAUCCAGCUCUCCAGAAUGCGACCGUUGACGUUAUUGACUCAAGCCACCCGAGCACAAGUAUGCUCCCUGCUGAGUGGCAUGUCCAGGAUGAAAUGUACAACUUUAAAUCGGACCCUCGUGCAAACGGCGCCAUUGUCGUACUUUCAGCCAACGAAUCGAGCUAUAAUGACCCAGGGCCCCGCCUCUAUAAUCAGGGGACACCUCAUCCAACUGCUUGGUACCAAGACCAUGGUGCUGGAGUCCAAAGUAAUGGCACAGCGGGUCGCAGUUUUUAUACCAGUCUUGGUCAUUUGAAUGAAACAUGGCAGGAUGAAUUAUUCCUAGCUCAUGUCACUGGUGGUAUCACCUGGACAUUACUAUCAAACACGACCCGCGCAUUCAAUAAAAGCGCUCUUGUCGGAAACGCGCAAUCGUCUUCCCAAUCAUCGACGACACCAAGUGGAACCUCAGUUUCAUCCAAACCGACAUCAUCAUCUUCCGAUGUUCACCAACAGUUGAAGCCCUUUGAUAGCAGGGUCACUCUUUCUGUCUUUCUAGCGACCGUUUUCUGGUAUGCGUAUAUCUGCUUACAGGACUUGGUUUAGGACCAUUUUGGCUACAUUAUAUCGCACAUUUUUGUUUACUCUACUCAUCAAGGACAUUUCCUUUAGGUGGCCCUUCAUUUAUAUGUUUCAUAAUUCUACAUAUAACUAGUUUUGUACAUGUGAUAUUAUAUUAUAUACAUUUUGUAGCUGCGUCUAUUCCUCCAAGAACAACCACGAUGACUUGCAGGUCGUAGAUUGCGCCGCUGCUCGGGCAGAUAGAAGCACUGGCAAGAUAGUCGUUCCUUCUAGCCGCACCGGUGGAGGUCAUAAGAUCUCUUGCAUCCGCCACUUCCCACUGUCUGGCCCGAGAGAAAUUUCUCCGAGCUCCCACAGUAUCUCUCGUUGACAAUAAUACUAGUAUGACUUUCACAUAAAUCGCGAAACUUGCGCAUCGUCCUCCACAGCUCCCCAUAAGUCUUACGCAACUUGUGACCAAGGUAAACUUGAACAUGCCAGCUCGACUCCUCCUAUACUCCGCCACUGCAGACUUUAGACACGAUUCCAUUCCUGCAUCAAUCGAAGCACUUCAAGCAAAGGCUGCUUCUAUCGACGUCCAGUUUGAUAACACAGAGGACAAGAGCCAGUUCAAUGACGAGAACUUGGCAAAAUAUGAUGCAGUUGUGUUUCUGAAUAACUCGGGAAUAGUAUUGGACGAGGCUGGCAAGGCUGCUUUUCAGAAAUACCUCAAUUUAGGCGGGAACUUCGUUGGUAUCCACUGUGCUUCUGCCGCCUUGCGCGAUAGCCCUUUCUACCUCAAAACAGUCGGUGCAUACUUUGAUUAUCAUCCCGCUAUCCAGGAAUCGUGCGUCGAUGUGAUCGAUCAUGCGCACCCCAGUACGAAUAUGUUGCCCGAAAAAUGGCGCCUAGUGGAUGAAAUGUAUAAUUUCCAAUCGGAUCCUCGAGUAUUCGGCUGUAAGGUUUUACUCACCGCAGAUGAAUCAAGCUAUGAUGACCCUGGAGAGAGAAAAUUUGACCAUGGAUUGCCACAUCCUGUAGCGUGGUAUCAGGAUCAAGGAGCCGGAGUAGAAAGCGGAGGGAUCGCUGGCCGCAGCUGGUACACGAGCCUAGGACAUUGCAUUGAGAUAUGGCAUGACGAACUGUUCUUAGCACAUGUCCUGGGCGGUAUCACCUGGUCUUUGCAAUCCGGGACAACCCGCGCUUUCAAUAGCGAGGGGAAGGUCGGUAACGCAGCUUAAGAUUAUAUCCUGUAGGCACGCUCAGGUUAGAUAGAACAUCUAUUAUAUUCCUUGCAACCGCGUAUAGCCUAGGCUUUUCGGUCCUCCUUGAGUUUCUUGUAAAUUAGUCCACAUCACAACUUUAUGAGCUUUGUUUGCCACGGAACUAUUUCGCAGUGUAAUAGCACAAAACCAGUCCUGUUGAAUGGGUUAAAUGGAAAUCCAAAGCCAAAGCCUGAUCGAA